UAGUAGAGAAGGAGGGAUCACUACUGAAUAGCUGGUCGUGAUGUCAUUGGCAAUCUAAUACGUUUGGGAGGCCCAUUCAGUAUUUGUCGUUUUCUUGUAUGUUAUGAUGUCUGCGCUGCUGCUGAUCCCCCUGCUGCCUAUUACGCUUGUCUGUGCACAGCUGCAAGUCACCACAUCCUCAUCGCCUGUUAUCGCCCAUGCUGGUAACACAGCCUUAUUGCACUGUAACUUUACUCUCGGAGUUUCACCAGUAGACCCUGCCCAGGUGCAUGUAGUGUGGAAGAAUGAUGGAAAGAAAGUGUUAGCCUACACUGGUGAAAUCACAGUGUUCCGACAUGGGGCUCAGUUUUCUGAGGAGCGACUGGCACAGGGAGAUGCAUCGCUCACCAUUAAUAAUGUUACUGAAGCUGAUGGGGGCAAAUACACCUGCAACGUCCGAUUGGCAUCAGAGCAAGAGACGCAGAGCAUUACUUUGAUUGUUAAGGAUCACAGACAGAUCUGGGUAGAAGGAACCAUGGUCAUUAUGAACCAAUCUAACGAGUUACGUUGCUGGGCGGGCAACCUGUCAUCAUCAGAAGUGACAUUUGAGUGGACAAGGAAUGGUCAUGUCUUGAGCAUAGCCACCCCACGAGUUCUGGAGGAUGUACUUGGUCAGGGGUUCAUGGUUGAAAGUUCCUUCUGCUUCACCCCUACCACAGAAGAUGAACAGGCUCAAUACUCUUGUCAGGUUCGUCAAAAGUCAUUGCCUCUCCUCAAGAAAACAUUUCGUCUUACUUUCGGAGUAAGGCCAGAAAUCACCUUCCUCAUCGUUGACAAAUCCCAGAAGAACUCAUCUCUGGUUUGUAUAGUGUCUGGGUUUUACCCCAAUGAUCUCAGCAUCACUUUGCAAAGAAAUGGAGAGAUAUUGGGAGAGCAUACGAAGAAGUGGCUGAACGCAAAUGGCACGUUCUCAUUAAUAGCCAUCUACCCAUUCAAGGUGACGGUGAAAGAUGAUAAUGUUGUUUUCUCUUGCACUGUGCGACACCCAACAAUACCUGGAGGAGUAACUGAGAGACUGCGGUUCCUGGUGGAUCCCUAUGUGCCCCAAGCAUUCUGGGUAAUAGCGGCUGUAAGUUUCCUGUCAACAAUUGGGAUCCCUUUACUGUGCAAACAUGUGAGUGAUAUAUCAGUGUGCAAGGACUGGACAGAUGGCUGCAUAGCUGUCCUAAAGUGCCAUAUUGCUGGGCGAUACCCCAAAACCAUCACUGCACUAUGGCUUGUCCGUAAGGGGGAGAAGGAAAUUGAGAUAAAGGAGCGAGGUUCCCUCCAUCCCAUAGGGGAUUACAGAGAAUUACAGGAGCAGGAUUCAUACACGUGCUGGAACACAGUCAGGAGCACAUCAGCGUGCGGACUGCGACAUUCCCUCUCCUCUGUACUCUGCUUCCAAGUUAACAAGGAGCAACAUGACAAAGCUGAGUUUAUCUGUAGGUUUAUGAGAGCUGACAAAAUACUGGCGGAGAAGCAAUUUUCAGGCAAUGUACUGGAUAAUUACGGGUUUUACUCUGCCUCUGACGUCUCUGUACCGGAGUUGUGCGACGAGGGAGAAAAGGUGACUUUAAGUUGUUUCAUGAGGGGAAACGUCCCGAGAGAUAUUAGAGUCAUGUGGGAAAAGUGCUUGAAUAAUGAGCGGGCAGUAUACUCAAAGGAAGACGAAAACUAUCAAAUCACUGAGAAUAAAUCCGGAGGGAAAUUUUAUUCGUUUCUCACUUUCAUCCCAUCACUGGAUGAUUCUGGGGCUGUAUUCACCUGCAGUUUCUCAGAAAAUGAAGGAAGGAUUCUUGCAGUUCGUCAUUCGCAAGCUCUCACUGUUGCUGAACCCAAGAAAAACACCUGGUCUCGGACUUAUCAAGACUGGGGAUUCCGUGCAUUUGACGAGAGUGCGAUUACAGAGAUGUGAGACCAGCCACCGUUUUAUGUCCCCUUCAGCACCCUGACUCCACUCUUGGAUAUAACACUGGAGGUUCCAGGGAGGACAAAUCACAGAAUGUCAAUUAUUAGCUGCUUUCUUGGGGUGUCCUAUUGGCUGAAGGAUGCGCUUAGCUUGUGUACAUGAUAUAAAUGUGUGUGCAUCUUAAUAUGAUGUGUCCCACGCACAGCAAAUGAGUAUGAAUCUGCACAAUAAAAACCUAAAAUGUUUCAUAAACCUUUUCCUGCCAGAGGCACCAACUCAUUGGAAAAAGCAGUGAAACAGUAAUAAAACAUUUUGCAAGGCAGCUACAAAAUAUAUCAGUGGUUACAUACUGGAAGACAAUUUAAUUGUCUCUAUAAUAGCAGUUGCAUUAUAUCAUAGUGAAAUGGUUGUUAUCAGUACCGAUGUAUUAAUGCAGCAUGGGCAUUAUCAGAACGACACACCAAACAUCGUAUUUUUUAAUAUUUAUGUAUUUAUGAAACUCUUGUAAAAUAGCAGGUAAUAUAAUAUAAGUGUAAAAAUAAAGAUGGGAUCUAUUUAUCUGGGUAUUUUUGUUUCCAUACAGUAUUUGUAUUUAUACUGUAUAUGUAUUCUGUUUCUUUUAAAUGUUUUUUAAUGGAUUUUUCAGGAUGGGGGGAAUUUGCAGUAUAAAAUGUCUAGGUUGUUAGAAUUGAAGUUAUCAGGUUUUAUUUUUCUCAUACAAUGAUUUUAAAAUGGUCUCUUCUAUUUUGUGUAUCUGCAUUAACAACAAACCAGUUGGUUCUUGUCAAUAACUUCUCUGUGGUGAAAAUAUGGCAGGAAUAAUAUAUUCACCCUACUAAUGUUAUGAGCAGUAUGGAUACUCUGUUCAUAGUCAUGAUGCAGGCCACUUAUGUUUUAACCCUUGGAUGCCAAAGAGAUCUUAGUAACAAACUCUGUUCAACCUAUAGCUACCACCCAAAGGUUAAAGGGUAGCCUUAACCAAAACACUGAACACUGUCAUAGACCUAGGGGCUGAUGCUAUUGUUACCAUGGCAACCACAUUGAUGUGUUGAUGCUGUAUGUUGCAUUGAAAUUAUGAUGGUGACGUUUAUUCCUGUGAUAUUAUUAGGGCACAAAUGUAACUGGAUACCAGCCAAUUAUAACUGUUUUUUGGUCAUAUAUAUCUAUAACCUUUUUUUAUUUUAAUUAAGCAGCGCAUGAAUUAUAUCUGUAUCUUCAAACUUGUUAGAUAGUAAAAAAAUGGUAUAAUUUUCUUUCUUUUUUUAUUUUUACUGCACAUAUUACAGGACUGGAAUGCAUCAAAUAACAAUUAAAAUAAGAAUUUGCUACAGUUAAAGAUCUAGUUAAGAAAUGUAUUAGUAAACUUAUAUUUUUAUGUUGUUUUAUAUCCUUAAACUGUCUGGAUUAAAAACAUAUAAAUGAGAA